AUGACGGAGCUGAAGAGAAAACGUUUACCCACAUCUACCGUGACUGUGACACCAGACAGUGCUGUAUUCACUGGAGAAACAGUCAAUCUGAAGUGUGUGAUAAACUCUGAUCACAGUGACUGGAGAUAUGAGUGGUAUAAAGACAGUGUAAAGUUACAGAAGUCUGAGCGUUACACUGUAAACAGAGACACUGUCACUAUCAGAGGAGCUACUGAGUCUGAUCAGGGUCAGUACUGGUGUAAAGGACAGAGAGAUGGAAGACCAAACUCAUCAACAUCAAGCUCUGCUGUUUCUCUCUCUGUGAAGGGUUUACCCACAUCUACAGUGACUGUGACACCAGACAGUGCUGUAUUCACUGGAGAAACAGUCAAUCUGAAGUGUGUGAUAAACUCUGAUCACAGUGACUGGAGAUAUGAGUGGUAUAAAGACAGUGUAAAGUUACAGACGUCUGGUUAUCGUUACACUGUAAACAGAGACACUGUCACUAUCAGAGGAGCUACUGAGUCUGAUCAGGGUCAGUACUGGUGUAAAGGACAGAGAGAUGGAAGACCAAACUCAUCAACAUCAAGCUCUGCUGUUUCUCUCUCUGUGAAGGGUUUACCCACAUCUACAGUGACUGUGACACCAGACAGUCCUGUAUUCACUGGAGAAACAGUCAAUCUGAAGUGUGUGAUAAACUCUGAUUACAGUGACUGGAGAUAUGAGUGGUAUAAAGACAGUGUAAAGUUACAGACGUCUGGUUAUCGUUACACUGUAAACAGAGACACUGUCACUAUCAGAGGAGCUACUGAGUCUGAUCAGGGUCAGUACUGGUGUAAAGGACAGAGAGAUGGAAGACCAAACUCAUCAACAUUAAGCUCUGCUGUUUCUCUCUCUGUGAAGGAUCUACAGCCGAAGCCUGAACUCACAUCAGAUCCUGCAGGAGCUGCACUGACUGGAAACACAGUGACUUUGACCUGUCGCAUGGAUCCGUCCACUGGAGACUGGGACUCUUACUGGUACAAACACACACUGAACCCUGAGACAGAGAAGAAGAAAACACACUCCUACAGCCUGAAGAUUGAUUCAGUGUCUGAUGGAGGCCAGUACUGGUGUAGAGCUGGAAGAGGGAAACCAGUCUAUCACACACAAUACAGUGAUGCACUGUGGGUAAAUGUUACAGUGAGUCCUAAAGCUGUGGUGACGGUACGACCUGAUGAACGAGUGUUUAGAGGAGAAACAGUCACUCUCAGAUGUGAUAUAAAGUGGGCAGGAGACACUGAGUGGACAUACAGAUGGGAAAUAGAGGGAACCAACAACUGGGAUAGAAACUCUGCCAAUCGAUGUACAGAACAACACUGCUGCACCAGUGGAGCUGAUGAACAGAAACACAGAAAUGCUGUCAGUCUGUGCUCAAGACAAGAGUUGAACAUCAGCAGUGUUGAUCUCUUUCACAGCGGUAAAUACACCUGUACAGGACAGAUACACACUCUCAGCUCUCAGCGCAGUGAUGCUGUUACACUGACUGUAUCAGGUUUACCCACAUCUACAGUGACUGUGACACCAGACAGUCCUGUAUUCACUGGAGAAACAGUCAAUCUGAAGUGUGUGAUAAACUCUGAUCACGGUAACUGGAGAUAUGAGUGGUAUAAAGACAGUGUAAAGUUACAGACGUCUGGUUAUCGUUACACUGUAAACACACACACUGUCACUAUCAGAGGAGCUACUGAGUCUGAUCAGGGUCAGUACUGGUGUAAAGGACAGAGAGAUGGAAGACCAAACUCAUCAACAUUAAGCUCUGCUGUUUAUCUCUCUGUGAAGGGAAAACCUGUAGUGACGGUGAAGCCAGAUCAGCGUGUGUUCAGUGGAGAGAGAGUCACUCUCACAUGUGACAUACAGGGAGGAGAAGACAUUCAGAGAUACAGCUGGUUUAGAGAUGGAAACACUGACUAUCAAUAUACAACAACAACAGCAGAGUUCAGUUUCACAGCUGAUGUGUCUCGCAGUGGUGAAUACAGUUGUAGAGGAGAGAUAUCACACAUCAGUGAUGCUGUUACACUGACUGUAUCAGGUUUACCCACAUCUACAGUGACUGUGACACCAGACAGUGCUGUAUUCACUGGAGAAACAGUCAAUCUGAAGUGUGUGAUAAACUCUGAUCACAGUAACUGGAGAUAUGAGUGGUAUAAAGGCAGUGUAAAGUUACAGACGUCUGGUUAUCGUUACACUGUAAACACUAUCAGAGGAGCUACUGAGUCUGAUCAGGGUCAGUACUGGUGUAGAGGACAGAGAGAUGGAAGACCAAACUCAUCAACAUCAAGCUCUCUUUCUCUCUCUGUGAAGGAUCUACAGCCGAAGCCUGAACUCACAUCAGAUCCUGCAGGAGCUGCACUGACUGGAAACACAGUGACUUUGACCUGUCGCAUGGAUCCGUCCACUGGAGACUGGGACUCUUACUGGUACAAACACACACUGAACCCUGAGACAGAGAAGAAGAAAACACACUCCUACAGCCUGAAGAUUGAUUCAGUGUCUGAUGGAGGCCAGUACUGGUGUAGAGCUGGAAGAGGGAAACCAGUCUAUCACACACAAUACAGUGAUGCACUGUGGGUAAAUGUUACAGUGAGUCCUAAAGCUGUGGUGACGGUACGACCUGAUGAACGAGUGUUUAGAGGAGAAACAGUCACUCUCAGAUGUGAUAUAAAGUGGGCAGGAGACACUGAGUGGACAUACAGAUGGGAAAUAGAGGGAACCAACAACUGGUAUAUAAACUCUGCCAAUCGAUGUACAGAACAACACUGCUGCACCAGUGGAGCUGAUGAACAGAAACACAGAAAUGCUGUCAGUCUGUGCUCAAGACAAGAGUUGAACAUCAGCAGUGUUAAAUACAUGCACCGCGGUAAAUACAGUUGUAGAGGAGAGAGAUCAGACUCACAGAAAUCAAACAUCAGUGAUGCUGUUACACUGACUGUAUCAGCUGAAGCUCAGGCAUCACUGCGAGUGUCUCCACAGCCGUGGCUGACUGAAGGAGAAUCAGUGACUCUGAUCUGUGAGGUUUCAGGCUCCUCUACAGGCUGGACGUUCAGCUGGUUCAGAGAUCAUGAUCAUCUGUCAGACAGCAGCAGAGGAGCUGGAGGAUCUUACACUCUCAGUCCUGCUGCUCUACAGCACACAGGAGUUUAUACGUGCAGAGCAGAGAGAGGACGACCAGCCUAUUACACACACAACAGCAGCUCACACACACUGUGGAUCACUGGAGUUUCUGCUUCAGUGUCUCUGGUCAUCAAUGCCAGCAGAAGUCAACACUUCUCCUCUGACUCUCUCUCUCUGAGCUGUGAGGAUCAGAGUAACUCUGCUGGAUGGACAGUAAGAAGAUACACAGACAAACACACACAAACUUGUGCAAAACAAACAGGAUCUGGAUGUGUAAUCGACUCUCUCAGCACAUCUGACACUGGAGUGUACUGGUGUGAGUCUGAAUCUGGAGAGAAACGUCGUCCUCGAAACAUCACUGUACAUGACGGUGAGGUGAUUCUGGAGAGUUCUGUUGAUCCUGUGAUUGAGGGAGAGACUCUGACUCUACACUGUUUACAUCGAUCUACAAACUCCCCGAUCCUCAGCGCUGAUUUCUAUAAAGACGGAUCACUGAUCCAGAAUCAGACGACAGGAGAGAUGAGCAUCACUACUGUCUCAAAGUCACAUGAGGGUUUCUACUCCUGUAAGACAGAGAGAGGACAGUCUCUCCACAGCUGGAUCUCAGUCACAGGUUAUUUUAUUUAUGAGCAUCUGAUGAGAUACGCCACUCUAUUAUUAUAA